CAUCAAAGUGUACUCGAGUCUUCGCCUCCCACAGGUGAAGAGUGACAGCAGUGAAGAGAAAACCAAAACUCAAAACACUCCAGCACAUCUCUCAGUAGGUCUAGCCUAGACAGUAGACGCUUAUAAAAUACGAAAUCCUGAUAGUGAGAGGUUUGAAUGAAAUUAGCUUGUGAGCGAUUCAAAGCAAUUGGAUGCAUUGGUGUUUCGCUAAGUUUUACUUAUCCUGCUCAUAUUUGAACUGAGCUGCUCUUCUUACAAAACAUUGUGUGGCAUUUGAUGAUUUGUGGGGCAUAAAAAUUAAAUUCCUAAGCCUGUUUUGUUAAAGGUUUCCUGAACUGAACAUCAGUGUUAUUGGAAGAUUCGCCUUCAUGGAUAUGCAAAUCAUAUUUGAUGGAAUAACGGCUGUGAGGAACAUUUUUGCGGCUUUUUUUCUAUCAUGGAUACGCUUCUUUUUCUCUGGUUACAAGAAGAAAAGUGUGACAGAAGAAAUUGUUCUCAUCACUGGUGCUGGCAGCGGUAUGGGACAAGGAAUGGCCAUGGAGUUUGCUAAGCUCGGAGCUGUCGUAGUUUUGUGGGACGUCAACAAUAAGGGACUGGAGGAGACUGUGAAGAUGGUCAAGGCAGUGGAGGGAGUCUGUCACACAUACAUCUGUGAUGUCAGCGAUCGCGCCGCGGUGCGUGAAACAGCUGACAAGGUGAGGUCAGAGGUCGGUGACGUCACCAUGCUGGUCAACAGCGCCGGAGUGGUGGCCGGUCGCCGGCUCCUGGACCUGACGGACCAGCAGAUAGAGCAUACGUUUGGCGUCAACCUAAUGGGCCCCAUCUGGACCACCAAAGAGUUCCUUCCCUCCAUGCUGGAGAACAACCAAGGACACAUCGUCAACAUGGCCAGCUCUUGUGGGCUCAUCGGGCUCAGCCAUCUCACGGACUACAGUGCGUCCAAGUUUGGCGUUGUUGGCUUCACCCAGACCCUCAACUAUGAGAUACACUUCUCUGGCCACGACGGUGUGCACACCACCCUUGUCUGUCCCUCUUUUGUCACGACGGGCAUGUUUCAGGGAUGCAGGAUGGCUUUUCCUCUCCUAAUCCCUGAGCUGGAACAAAACGCUACUGUUCAACGCAUCAUGCAUGCCAUCCUGACCAAUCAGAGUGAAGUUUACAUACCACGGCUCGUCUACUUCAUGAAUUCUCUGAAAACGAUCAUCCCAGUGUCAGCCAUGUUGGAGGUCAUUCGCUUUUUCCGAGCAGACAAGUUCAUGCACUCUUUUGUAGGCAGAGGAAAAGAUGAGUUGAGCCUCCCAGCCAAAGAGGAAUGAAAGUUUGCUCAAAUCAUUUGCAUUUAGUCUAUAGUAAAAUUAAGACCACAAUAAUUUUUUAGCCCUAAUCUGAAUUUAUGCCCAUGAACAUUUGAUACCUGUAUGUGCUUGCAUUUUAAUGUUUGGGCGUACUUGCUUGUUUCUUUAUAAAGAUAUUCAUAUGCAUAGAUGUGUCAUAGAGUUUUAUCAUUGUGUGCGUGCAUGCAUAUGAUUUAGGAGGAACGGGAGUAGGGUUAGUAAUAGUUUCUCUGUUGCGCCUAUCUGCAAUCCCAAAAAAUGAAUUCUCGUCAUGUCCUCUUAAACAUGUGAGGCAGUUCAAUCUUCUUUUGUUCUCUCCAAAUAAUUGUGGAGCCACUGUCUCCUUCUGGUAAUGAGUUAGGCAGUCCAGUCCUCCAUAAUCCUCUCCGAAAAA